UGUGAUUGGAGAUGGUCUAAUCUCUAAAUCCUGAUCGAAAGAAGAAGAUAACCCUAAUCGAAAGAGAAAGAUAGAGAGGAAUCAGGAGGGGUCGGACGAGUCGAUUGGGGAGGAGAUGAACGAGUCCUUAAAAGCGUUUAUGGCCGAGAAAACUACAGCGAUCGAAGCCAUAGGAGUCCUUUGUGAUGAGCGUUUCGUGGAAUUUUGGAUCAAAACUCUACUGAUAGGAGAAGGAAACCUUGAAGAUUGACGGCGAUUGAAAGAUGGAUGAGCGAGCAAGCAAGCAAGCAGUGGAGAUCGACGGCAGAGAUACGGCACCGCCUUUUCAUCUCAGUUCAUGACGUGAUGACGUGUCACGAUUUCAUAUGAUAGUCGCAAAGUUGGGCCCGUUCAAACCAAAAAUUUAAUUGGACCAAAUGAGGCCCAUUCUCAAAUAUAACAACCGAGGUUUACAUUGGGCCUUUAGAUCUCAUUUACGGUUACAGAAUCUGACGUAGAGCCGAAGGUUUUUUUUCAACCGUCAGGCGGGAGAGCGCGAGAGGAGGUUCGAUUCGAAUCCACCAUCAUGAGUCCAGCAAAUGCGACGGAGAUCGAAAUCGCAGGUGGAGAAGAGGGAGAUAAGUUCGAGGUGGGGAAGAUAUACGACGUCAAGCUGACGACUGGAAUCGAGUUCAAGGGGAUCGUCUUGGCGUAUGAUCCUGAUCCACACUUGGUCAUCUUCCAUAUCCUUUCCGAUGUUAAAAUCAUCACUGUAGUUUCUUUAUCUCUUCGACUUCGUCUUGUUGAGAACAUCGUUGGAGAUUCUUUUAGGUGGUUUUUGAUUUUCGCGCUUGAAAUUUUUGUUUGUUGCGGUGUCCUUGACGUGGAUUUUACAAGAGAGAACGAUUCCGGAAACUGGAGAUUCGAUGAAUACACGAAUGGUGAAUGAGAAUUUCAUAUCGACGCUUACGUAUAUAGGGAAGUGUAAGGAUCCGCUCGCUUCGAAAGAGCGUUGGAUUGAUCUCUCUGGACUCGAAGAGAAAGAGGCGAUCGCUAUUAGGGAAAUCGAGAGCAUUGGUGUUGGUGUUACCGCAGAGGCGCAGAAGGUCUUCAACGAUUUGUCUAAGACGAAAAUCGAGAGCAUUGGUGUUGGUGUUGCAGCCGAGGCGCCGAAGAGCUUUGACGCUUUCUCUAAGACGUACCCUAUCGAGCAAGAUUUGGUUGUGGAGAUUCUCCCCGUUCCAGUUAUGAGAGCACGAGAUAUCAUUGUAGCUGCCAACAUGGCCUUGAAGAAAAAGAUUUUUGCCCAAAAGAUUUCUCGUGCAACUAAUGGAGCUUACUUCCUCAUGGACGAGAAAAUGAGGAAGGUUGCAGUCUUCAAACCGGAAGAGGAAGAAGAUGGUUGUUCGAGGAAAGGAGAAAAGGCCAACAGAGAGGUGGCUGCAUAUUUGUUGGAUUUCCCCAAGGAUAGUGAAGAAGAUGGAUUCGGAGGUGUCCCUCCAACAACAAUGGUUCGUUGUAUGGACUUCAAAGGGGACAGAGAGAAAAGAUGGGCAAAAGGAUCAUUACAGCAAUUCAUUCCAAACAAGAAGUGGUAUGUUCAUGGUGAGAGGAGUGAUGCUAUUUUCAGUAUCCAAGAUUUCCAAAAGAUGACACUUCUGGAUAUCCGAUAUGGCAACACGGACAGAAACCAGGACAACAUACUUAACAAAGAAGGCAAGUUGAUUCCUAUUGACCAUGGAGAGUGCUUUCCCACAGAGUUUGAUCGUUACAGGCUUGAUUGGACUGUAUGGGAGAUGGCAGAGAUCCCGUACUUGACUGAGAUGGUCGAGUAUGUGAAGACUUUGGACGUGGACAAAGAUUUGGAGAUUUUGAGAACAAAUGGUAUAGAACUGGGAGGUAGAGCUGUGUUUGUCUUCAGAGUUCAACACAUGGUGUUGAAACUAGGUGUUUUAGGGGGUAAUGUCCCCAAAGACAUUGGACACCUGUUAACCCAUCCGCUUAGUGGCGGUACUUCAGAAAGUCUCGGUACACUCUUUCAUAAGUGCAUGACACGUAACCCCACUGACGUAACUCUAUUAAUGGACUCUUUACACGACAGUAUAAAAGGCGUUUUGCAGUGGGCUAGAGAGGAACGUGUACUACGCAGGGAAAUCAAGAGCAUUGGUGUUGGUGUUACCGCAGAGGCGCAGAAGAUCUUCAACGAUUUGUCUAAGACGCUUCCUGUACAGUGGGUAAACAAAGACAUUCUGGUAUCGGGAAAAGUGCGUAUCCGUAGCCCUUACCAUGAUGAUUGUGUCACUGGAGGAACUGCUACUGCCAGGAAUCAAAUAAAGGCUGUGCUGAAGAAGGUGAGACAGGAGUUGCAACUUGGCACUGGAGGCAAUUGAAGUAGGAUAAAGCCGCUACUUUCCAGAGAAAUACUUGGUACCUUGAGUUUACUUGGGUGUUGAAAAAGAACACAGAGAAUGUUAAAGUUUUCUUCUGUAUAGCAAAUUUGAAUAUCCAAAACAAUGCAUGUUUAGAGGCAUACCUACUCGCUACUGAAAGGUCAACGUUUACAUAUUAUUCUAACGAUCAAUUGACAGGAAACUUGUUUGAUUAGUUUUCAGUCACAUUAUGCAAUUUUCACAUUAUGCAAUUA